AUGUUCCACGAUGGACAGAGAGAACCCCUGUUAGAGGAAGUAGGGACCGGUAGAACGCGACGAGGGUUCUGGAAAGCAACGAAGGCUUUGGCUGAAGAUAACGUCGGCCUACUGCUUAUCGCAGCGGCGCAGAUAUUCUUCUCGCUAAUGAACGUCACAGUGAAGGCUCUGAACAGCAUGGACCCUCCUGUCUCUGCAUUAGAGCUCGUCGCGGUGCGAAUGGGCGUCACUUGGGUCUGUUGUGUGGGAUACAUGUUAGUCACCAAAGUACCGGAUCCCUGGCUAGGUCCAAAAGGUGUCCGCCUAUGGCUCCUUUUCCGAGGGUUCACCGGGUUCAUCUCCCUGUUCGGAAUGUACUUCUCGCUGCAGUAUCUCUCCCUAUCAGACGCGACAGUCCUCCAGUUCCUAUCCCCCGUCUUCACCGCUAUCGUAGGAGCGCUGUUGCUGAAGGAGUCGUUCACCUUGAAGCAGGCGUUUGCUGGAGUGGUCAGCAUGGCUGGUGUGAUACUCAUUGCCAGACCUGCUGCGAUAUUCGGGCCCCACGUCGGUCUUGGUCCCCAAGAGGACGCGCCUCAAACGACUAGCGACAGGGCGAUUGCUGUCUUCAUUGCUCUUGUCGGCGUGGUUGGUGCAACAGGAGCAUAUAUCUCCCUUCGCGCUAUUGGGAAACGAGCGCACCCUAUCCAGCCACUCACGUCUCAUGCUGGUCAAUCUGCGCUCGUCGGUGCCCUCGGGAUGUACAUUACCGGCGAACGCUUCGUCCUCCCCGCUAGCAAAGCGUGGUUAGCUAUGUUUGGCUUGAUGGGUUUCUUUGGUAUGAUAGCGCAGAUCUUAUUGACGUUGGGAUUCCAAAGAGAAGCAGCUGGGAAGGGAAGUAUGGCGAUAUACACUCAAAUCGUGUUUGCCACUAUCUUCGAGCGUGUAUUCUUCGAUGCCGUUCCUCCAUUGCUCUCUGUCCUGGGAACAGUGCUCAUUAUCUCCUCCGCUGUUUAUCUCGCACUAUUGAAAGAGUCAAACAAUGGGAACGGCCAAUCGGUCAGCGCGGAAUCGAACCUGGGUCGAGGGAUCGAACAAGAGCGGAUGGAGCGAGGCCUUCUAUUGGGGAGUGAUUCGGAGAGCGAUGAUUUGGAUGACAAUGGUAAAGUUAAGGGACGCGAAGAGAGAUAG